GCGCGGAAGGGGCGUGUCGGAAAUGACGUCACAUUGCUAGGAGACGGUCUCGGAGCGGCCGCUGUUUCCAUCUAGUAGCAGGCAGGGCUCCGGGGUCUCCCUGCCGGCCGCGACCAUGUCCAUUUCGGCUCCCACUCACGGAGUUAACGACAAGGACAAGAGCCACGCGGGGUCGGAGAACACCUACAUCCUGCGACCCAACUUCCAACAGAGGUUCCGACCCUCUACGGUGAAAGAAUGCAUCCACACCAUACUCAAGGAAGAAUUAGCAACUGCUCAGUAUGAGCCAAAUGAAAUGCCUGCCCUCACAAAGUUUUUAUCAGAGAGCAUCAAAAAUAAAUUAAAAGAAUUGGGAUUUGACCGGUACAAGAUGGUGGUACAAGUAGUGAUUGGAGAACAAAGAGGUGAAGGAGUAAAUAUGGCUGCUCGAUGUUUCUGGGAUGCAGACACAGACAACUACACUCAUGAUGUUUUUAUGAACUGCUGCGCCGGUGACGCGGCGCUUGAGGGAGCUCGCGAGGCCGAGGGGAGAGCGAGCGGCGCGGGCACACGCAGGCAGGCAGACGAGGGCAGCGGGCGGCGUAGGUUAGAGGAAAUGGAUGCACCAAGUUCAGCCAAAUUGAAUUCAAGGAAGAGGAGGAGAGAGCCGACUGGACCCAAUGGGGCAACAGAAGAAGAUGGGAUUCUUGUCAAAAUACCUCGCUGCUCAGUUGGCUUAAAGGAGCCAGCCCCAUUUUCAGAUGAAAUUGAAAUUGACUACAGUAAGCCCUAUAUCAGAGUAACUAUGGACGAAGCCAGGAGAGGGACUCCUUGUGAUCGACCUGUAAGGGUUUAUGCUGAUGGCAUAUUUGACUUAUUUCACUCUGGUCAUGCCCGAGCCCUGAUGCAAGCAAAGAACCUAUUCCCCAACACAUACCUUAUUGUGGGAGUUUGCAGUGAUGAGCUGACACACAAUUUCAAGGGCUUCACCGUGAUGAAUGAAAAUGAACGCUAUGAUGCAGUUCAGCACUGCCGCUAUGUGGAUGAGGUCGUGAGGAAUGCCCCCUGGACACUAACACCUGAAUUCCUGGCAGAGCAUCAGAUUGACUUUGUAGCCCAUGAUGACAUCCCUUAUUCUUCUGCUGGGAGUGAUGAUGUUUACAAACACAUCAAAGAAGCAGGCAUGUUCGCGCCAACACAGAGGACAGAGGGUAUAUCCACAUCAGACAUCAUCACCCGCAUCGUUCGGGACUAUGACGUAUAUGCAAGGCGGAACCUGCAGCGAGGAUAUACUGCCAAGGAGCUCAAUGUCAGCUUCAUCAAUGAGAAGAAAUACAACUUACAGGAACGAGUAGACAAAGUAAAGAAGAAGGUGAAAGAUGUAGAGGAGAAGUCAAAGGAGUUUGUGCAGAAGGUGGAGGAGAAAAGCAUUGACCUCAUUCAGAAGUGGGAGGAGAAAUCCCGAGAAUUCAUUGGAAACUUUCUGGAGAUGUUUGGCCCAGAAGGAGCACUGAAACACAUGCUGAAAGAAGGAAAAGGCCGGAUGCUUCAAGCCAUCAGUCCCAAGCAGAGCCCAAGCAACAGCCCCACUCGUGAACGUUCCCCUUCUCCCUCCUUUCGAUGGCCCUUCUCUGGCAAGACUUCUCCACCCUCCUCCCCAGCAAACCUGUCGGUACACAAGGCUGUUCAGUAUGACAUAAGUGAAGACGAUGAAGAGGACUAAUUUGUCAUCCCAUCUCCCUUCUUCCUUCCUCUGUCCUUGUCACCUCCAGCUGUCUUUUGAAUUCCAGAUUGUCAAUUCCAACACUAAACUCAAGGACAGUUGUAGGCAAGGGAAGGAGGACCUGGGACGGAGAUCAAAAUAGCCUGUCCUCCAAAAGGCAUCACCUUGAGAAGCAGAGGAGGGACUGCCUUAGAAGCCUCUCUUCCAUUCCCCUGCACCGGCCUCCACGAGGACAUUGCUUUACUGUUUGCAUUCAGAUAAUCUUGAAGGGAAAAUAAUAGUUUUUAUUAAUUAAAAAAAUAGCCUUUUAAAUGUAAUAAGUGGAGCCCCAACCAAGAGAGGAAAAAGAUAGUAUUGUUCCCAGAGGCCUUUUUUUCCCCUUAAUUCACUAUAAUUUUAUUUCUGCUCUGAAGCAGACUAGCUUGCCAAGUCCUUACACCUGAUGUGAGCCAUGCCAGAUGUGGCUUAGGGAAAGUGAUGUGAACUUCCUUAUAAUUUGAUUUCCAUUUUUUUCUAUUAAUUUUUGAAGGCAGAGCUGACCUCCUGAAGUCACAAAUACCCUAAGCUCAUUGCUGGCAAAUGUGCUGAGGUGUAGUAGGGAGUUCUCAGAGGAAGGUCUCUGGGUCUGUUUCUUUUCACUUCUUGAGAUGGAUCUGCUGGAAAUAUGCUACCAUCGUGCUCCCUGAGGACAAUGAGUAGAGAGAUAAUUCAUCAAGCAGUUUCCCUGAAAUUUUAGUCUUUUCAGAAACUCAUUUCCAAUUUACCAAGCUGCCUAGGAGCCCUUGGUGGGCUUUUGCCUCUUUCUCUCUAUGGCCUGCUUUUAGAGCACAGAGCAUACUGUGAUAUUUAUGUAGGUGUGCACUCACAUGUACACAUUCAUAUGCAAACUCAGCUUAUAAACUGAAUUCCAGUGGGGAAACAGUCUUGUACUCAACUAUUCCCAUAUCUAGGACUUUACCUUGCUUCUACCAAAAAGGAUACCACUGUGAGUGUUUGAAGGCUUUCAGUGUGUUCUUUUAAUCCAUGUUCCCACGCCCACAUUUAAUGAUUAUAGAAGAAUCCUUGAAAUUUGGGAACAAAGAGUCAAGGACCUGCCUCCCUUUCUCUAACCGUAGCCACACUCUCUCAUCUCUUUUCCUCAGAACUUUCUUAACCUUGGUCCUCUUCAUCUCUUCCUUCCCCUCUGAGAGACAGAGCAAACAGGGACUCUUCACCUCUGUCCUGCAAAGCAGAGCCCAUGUUCCUUUCACAGGGGUGAGACCUGAGUUAGACCUCCCUCUCUGCCUUCCACCCACCGUUCACCUGGGCCUGGCUCAGCCCUCGGGGGUGCACCACUUGGCUCCUGCAGGUCCC